GCAGGAUAUUAAUAAAAUGGGUGGCAAAGAUGAUGGAUUAACCCUCGAAAAUCUUACUCACAUAUGUACUUUAGGUACAGGAACAUUUGGACGGGUGGUUCUAACUCAACACAACUUGACAAAAGCCUACUACGCCCUCAAGAUUUUGAAAAUGUCAGAAAUACUGAGACUCCGACAGUUGGAACAUGUGAAGAACGAGAAAGAAAUCCUUCUCCAAGUAUCUCAUCCCUUUAUCAUUAAACUACAUGCAGUCCACAAAGAUAAAGCUCACGUGUUCAUGGUUCUGGAAUACUCCCCUGGAGGCGAACUGUUCACUUAUCUCAGAGCAGCUGGAAGGUUUCCAACAAGAACGGGACUGUUCUACGCAGCGGAGAUAGUAUCAGCUUUGGAUUAUCUACAUUCACUUAACAUCGUGUACAGAGACCUUAAACCAGAGAACCUGUUGUUGGACACAGAAGGUCAUAUCAAGAUAACUGACUUUGGGUUCGCUAAAACAAUCGCAGACAGGACGUGGACCCUCUGUGGUACACCGGAGUACCUUGCACCAGAGAUAAUCCAGAGUAAAGGUCACGGCAAGGGGGUCGACUGGUGGGCUUUGGGUAUCCUUAUCUACGAGAUGCUUGUUGGGUAUCCACCAUUUUACGACGAAAACCCUCUGGGAAUCUACGAGAAAAUUCUGGCUGGUCAUGCAGAGUUCCCUAGAUUUGUAGAUCCCACGAGCAAAUCGUUGAUAAGAAGUCUUCUGACAGUGGACAGGACGAGAAGAUUGGGAACAAUGAAAGAUGGCAGUGCGGAUGUGAAAAAACACAGAUGGUUCAGAGAGAUCAAGUGGGACGAUGUUCUGGACAGAAAACUUAAGCCACCGAUAGUCCCAAAAGUUGAGCAUGCAGGGGACUCCACUAACUUUGAGACAUAUCCAGAAGAAGACUGGCAAACAUCACAAGAUCUUCCAGAAACUGUUGUUCAGAAAUUUGACGAGUUUUGAGGGCUAGGGAUAGAAACAAGCGCUGCGAGCAGUGGUCAGAGAAGAUUGAAAUGCGGAAGAUUGGAUCAAAGAAAGGAUUUUAAUCCAGAAGCUGGUUAUUUUGAUCAUUCUAGUAUUCUAGUUGAAUGUUGACGACAAGUAUCCGCAGCAAACUGUUAGUUUUAGUGUUAGCCUAAUUAAUUAAAUAUCCUAAAUAUCUUGUUUAACUAGGUUAUGAUUUCGAGUAUUUUUGUGUACUCGGCCAAAUUCUGAUUAACUGGGGUCCUGUGCCUGGAUUUUGAUUUACAGGAAGUGUAAUAUAAUGCAUAGUUUAUAUCACUUUAAGACAUUCACUUUAAUUUAUUAUGUUAAUAAAAACGAAUGUAGCGCAGGAAAAUAUGUUCACUGUGUAAAUAUUUUAUGAAAGGACUAUACUUUUAGUCAGGGAUAGAAUGAUAAUCCGUUGGCAGUGAAUGUUUAAAAGGAUUUCAUGAAUAGAUAUACGGGACUUCCAUCUUUAUAAGUUUAACUAGUUACUAGACUCGUGGGCAAUCUUGCAUCUGGCGUUUGCACCAAUAUUUGGGCCUUAAACUUUUCUAGUUUGCCAAUUCUAAGAUUAAUCCAUUUUCAAUGUCUCCUGACGACUUUUCCUAUCCAGCACAAUGAUCAAAAUAUUAAUGCAUAUUAUGCAGUAACAAGUAACAUAAUAUGUCCUUAAAUGCUCGAUUUUAAAGUAAUCACUGAGGUCUUUGACGUUCUUAGCUCUAAAACUCAUUUUUUUCGACCUCAGAAUGUCAAAGACCCCAGAUUGAUGGUGAAAAGUACUAUAUCGUAGUGAAAUCGUUUUCAACAUCUAAUGCCGAUAAUGAUUGAUUGAUUCGCUGACUAACAAAUCUGUUGAAUGAUUGUAGAGAGUGAUCGUUCACAAAUAAGGCUCAGGCGAGCCAGUGAUAGGAGUUUGGGUGGGCAGAAUGUUUCGAACAGACUGGGAAACCGAAGUUCGUGGUUUAAUAUCAUUAUUUUCACUCCAAAUUUCAUUGGCGCCCGCCUUCUCUCUUGUCGUUAAAGCUGCAAUAUAAGGCCUAGUUCCAAGAUUCAGCAUGUUCCUCAAUAAGCUAUCAACAGAAGACAUAAGGGGCCGUCUGACAUCGCAAUAAAGCUGCUCAUUCGGUCAGUGAACGAUCUUUAUUAUAUUCCUGGAUAUGACCCACUAUUCCUACAUAUAUAGAUAUAUUGAGGUGUUCUGAUGAAAGUGAAACUGUAACCUGGGCCCUUAACAUUGGUGUACUAAUAUGUCAACAAAAUCAUAAUGACACGCUUAUUAUAGGCUCUUGAUUACCAUUGAAUUAUUUAACAGUUUAAUUUGAAUGUUCAGUUAUAUAU